AUGGAGGAAUCUGGAGAAAAUUGGCCUUCUGAUCCUGAUUUGGGUUUAAUUGAUGAUGCCACUUUUGAUGAUGAGUACCAUUCUAAUGAGAAAAAUUUGACAGAGAUGAUGCUUGAACUUUCAGCCACCCUUCCUGACUCGAAUAAGAUCAUGGACGAUGCUUCAAUCUUGGACAAAGCUAGAAGCUAUGUGAAACAACUUCAAGAACGUGUUAAAAAGCUCGAACAAAAUGCUAAACCCAACAAUAGUGGAACAAGUACUUAUAUUCUUCCUGAGGUCAAAGCAAAAGUGUCAAAAAUGGAAGUUCUCAUCACAAUCCAUUGUGAGAAACAAAAUGGCGUCAUGGUCAAAAUAUUGACCCAGCUUCAAAAACUUCAUCUUAUAAUAAAGAGUAGCAGUGUAUUGCAAUUUGGGAAAUCCACAUUUGGUAUCACCAUUGUUGCCCAGGUACAUAUAAAUUAA